UAAAAAAGAGCUACCUUACAAAAAAUUACUAACAAAAUACUCCAGAAAAGAUUUCAUCUGGUGAGCCUCUCUGUCUGGGUUUGUUGAGAAAAUCAAGAAAAGAUUACAACUUUGAAGAAGAAGAGCAGAUCGAAAUCCAACCCAGCUAGGUUUCCACCAAAUUUUUGGUCUUUACAGAGUUGAAUCGAACUGGUAAUUUUGUUUCCCUGAGGAGGAUUGAAUUCUAGGGUUUGUUUACCCAUUUCUUCGAUCUUCAAGGAAUCGGGGAUAGUAAAAUUUUGUACCUUUGGGGGAGGGAAACAUGUACAUCGAAGAAUUGAAGGAGGAAGGCGACGAGAUUCUUAUUAGCGAAAGCAAUCCAAAGGAAUCGAUAGGACUAGGAGGGGUUGUGUCGAGUACAAGUAGUGAUUUAGGUGUUUGGAAUGCGAAACGUGCUCUCGUUGGAGCUGGCGGUCGCGCACUAUUCUACCCAACAUUGAUAUACAACCUUCUUAGGAACAUGCUUCAGUCAGAAUUCCGAUGGUGGGAUCAGGUCGAUGAGUAUGUUUUGCUUGGUGCUGUGCCUUUCCCCACUCAUGUUCCACUCCUCAAGGAACUUGGUGUAUAUGGCGUGAUUACCCUCAACGAGCCUUUUGAGACUUUGGUUCCCUCAUCUCUCUAUCAUGCUCAUGGUAUCAAGCAUCUUGUGAUUCCGACUAGAGAUUAUCUCUUUGCUCCAUCUAUCACUGAUAUUUGCCAAGCUGUGAAUUUUAUUCACGAGAAUGCGUCAAGUGGCAAGACUACUUAUGUUCACUGCAAGGCUGGUCGGGGACGCAGUACGACCAUUGUUCUCUGUUACCUGGUUAAAUACAGGGAUAUGACACCUGAGUGUGCUUAUGAGUACAUUCGGUCCAUAAGGCCCCGGGUCUUACUUGCUUCUGCUCAGUGGAAGGCUGUUAAGGAGUUCUACAGUUCCAGAAUGGCAAGGAAGGCAAAAGAAAGCAACCUGGUUGUGAAGCGAACAAGCUUAAGAAGUGCGGCUGAGAAACAGUUGUUGUCAGUUUUUGAUGAUGGGUCGGUAGUGGUGGUAACUGAGUCAGAUCUGGCUGGGUAUGAUGAGCCUCAAAACAUAGGCGGUGAUGCUUCAUCCGUGGAUGUGUUGCCAGAGUUGAGUUUGGCUUGCAAGGUCCACUAUGCAAGCCAAGCUGCAUUUGCCCGGAUCUCUUGCUUAUGGCUCAAAUCACCAAGGAGACAAGUCCAUGUUGAUCAGUUGCAAAGUCUUGGUGUCAACAUCAAAGUCUGUUAAAGAGGUGAUACUCAUCUUGAGGCAUACUGUAUGUACUUGUAUCCAUAUUCCAUUGUACAAAACAUUGAAAUAUUCAUUUACAAUGGCAAAAUUAUUUAAGAUGACUCAAAA